AUGCCAGAGACAAGUCGGGCCCAUAAAGUCAACGGUCAAAGUACGCGCAAUGGCUCCAUUUCACCGUCUCUAAAGCCUGCCAGCGGCACUACGGCCAACAUGUCAGAAACAUAUCAACAAGACAAUGGAGGUGGUGGAGAAGGAGUAGGUGGUUCAGAUAGCUCUGAGGGUGUUUACGAACAACUGAGAGACUACCCAGACGACCUGGACUACUACAGCUUGCUUGCCUUACCCCGGAACCCUCCGCCUACGGAGGCGCAAAUCCGCUCAGCAUACAAAACAUUGACCCUCAGCUUCCACCCGGACAAACAACCCGAAGAGCUGCGAGCCGCGGCUGCACAGUAUUACAACAAGAUACGCACUGCAUACGACACCCUCAUUGACCCCAGGAAACGAAUUGUAUAUGACAUGUUGGGCGAAGAAGGGGUGCGGCAAACAUGGGCGGAAGGGGGCUUAAUGGGGAGGAACGGACUUGCUUCAAAACAACAAGUGGGGGUGAAAGCAAUGGAUGAAGCUGAAUUCCGUAGCUGGUUCUUGGAGGUCAUGAAACGACAGGAGAGAAAGUUUUUGAAUGACUUGGUAGAUGUCAAUGGCGUAAUUCAACUGUCGCUGGAUGCGAAAUCGAUGUUCCAGACCACACCGAACGGAGACAUCUUAAUACACAUGCCUAAUCCUAAGCCGUCGGGGUUCCUACUCUCAUAUGUUCUCCCCAUACCACUACCUGAUAUGUCUUGGUUCGGGACAUCAAAGUCGGUGACAGAUAGAGAUGAAGAGGAAGAUGCAGACAAACCAUCUAUGAAUAACGGAACUCCUACACAACAAAAAUCCGAAACGAGCAAAUUGCAGCUACAAGCUACAAUAAAUGGUCGGUUCGGGAAUCCGGUCCAGGAUGUCACAAUUAUGAAUCAGGAUACCGGAGAAUCGAUCAAGAGGCGGAUCAAAGUUCCUCUAACGAUGCGUAGCGCGAACGUUAACCUUGGAGCAUCUUUUGUACACACUUUCCAAAACGACGAUCCAAAACAAAGGGUUCUCAGAAGACCCCUAUUAUCCUUCCUCGGGGGGACGGUGAUGAACAUCAAUGCUUUCAUAAUCCCACAGCUCGCAGUUCAAGCAAGUAUCAGUAAAUCCAUAACCCCAAUAGAAGGCACGAAACCGUUCUCCCUCACUUUGAAAUCCAGCUUCACUUCUGCUCCCACGCAAUGUCCUCCAGAACUAGGUCUGUCGUUAUCGCGUAUGAUAGGUGCUGGGGGUGUUGUUACUUGCAGCUGGGUAUCUGGAACCUUGUCCUGGCCCGGAUAUCUUCAGGAUUUGUGGAGUAAUAUAGUCAAGCAAGAUCCCUAUGCCGCAACAUUAAUGCCGUAUUCGAUGAGUGGCUUUUCGAUUGGAUACACAAGCCUUCCGAUAAUGCAACUGCCAACUGUCCUCAAUGAGGAGGACGAUGACAAUGAUCGUAAUGAGGAUGAUAUGUUUUCAGUCGAUACUGACCCCACCAAUCAGAAUCGGCGGCAGGUGAAUCCCAACGAAACCUGGGGUUUCAGUCUUGCCUCGUCGCCAAUGGGAAUGAACUUGACCCUCCAAUAUGGCAGGACAAUCUUUGCGAGAAAACCUCCUGAACCUCUCCGCUCCGAGUGGACUGGUGAAGGGUAUUUCCCCAACAAGAACCGGAGUGACAGCGGCGCCGUACGGCUGGGGUUGCGUGCCGUUAUUGGCCAGGAUCUCACUUUGGGCUGGUCAGCCUCUGGGACGCGCAGGGUUGGCGGAUUCACCCGCAUGGGAUUAACUAUUUCCACAAUAGGCAAUAUGGGACUUGGUUGCAGCAUCUCAUGGAGUAGACUGGGACAGACACUUAAGGUGCCCAUAGCUAUGUGUCCAGUGGACCAACUGACUGGCGACCUAUGUAUAUUGGCGGUUAUUGUGCCGUUCACGGUCUAUUCAGCAAUUGAGUUUGGAUAUCUGCGUCCUAGAGCUCGGCGGAGAGAAAAGCAAGAAAUGGAAAAACUCAGAAAACGUCUACAAAAGAGGGUUUUGAAGCGGAAGACUGAGAGCGCACAGGCGAUUUCCAUGAUGAGAGAUCAGGUUUUGCGAAGGCAAGAUCGAGAAGCUGAGCGAGAUGGGUUGGUGAUUGUUCAUGCUGAAUAUGGAUGUCCACCGUCUCCUUCCGCGAGGGAGAAGAAGCAGAUUGGCCCUACGGCAGUCAUAGAUGACUACGAUGAGUGCAUGAUAGACGUCACCAUCCCGGUUGCCGCGCUGGUUGACCAAGGACAGUUGGUUAUAUCGCCUCGAGUUAUUAAGUCACAAAUCAUUGGAUUCUAUGACCCGUUCCCAUUCCGCCCCAAGUUGCUGCGGGUACGCUAUCAGUUCUCCGGCAAGGAGCAUAUGGUUGAAGCUUGGGACUCUGAAGGGAUAACGUGCCCGAUGAAGUCACACCUGCUCUGA